CAGAAAAUCAUGAGAUUGAGUAUCACUCGGUGGAAAUUUAGCUCUGUCUUUCAAUUUUGAAACUCAUAGGGGAUAUAGACCAGAAAACGCCAACUUUUCAGACAAAUUUUCCCUCCACCAGAAUCACUCCGGUAGAGACACAGAGAACAGACUUCUUGUACUCCCACGAUGAGUGAGCUGGAGGUCACUUACUCAACUGUGAAUCUUCAUAAGUCUUCAGGGUUGCAGAAACUAGUAAGGCAUGAGGAGACUCAAGGGCCCAGAGAAGCUGGCAACAGAAAGUGUUCAAUAUACUGGCAACUCAUUGUGAAAGCUCUUGGAAUCCUCUGUUUCCUUCUUCUGGUAAUAGUUGCAGUGUUGGCAGUAAAGAUUUUUCAGUAUAGUCAACACAAACAAGAAAUCAAUGAAACUCUCAACCACCACCAUAACUGCAGCAACAUGCAAAGGGAUUUCAACUUAAAGGAAGAAAUGUUGACAAAUAAGUCUAUAGAUUGUAGGCCAAGCAAUGAACUUCUGGAAUACAUCAAAAGAGAACAGGACAGAUGGAAUAGUGAAACCAAUACUAUUUUAGAUUCCUCACGGGACACAGGCGGAGGUGUUAAAUACUGGUUCUGCUAUAGUACUAAAUGUUAUUAUUUCAUCAUGAACAAAACUACAUGGAGUGGAUGUAAAGCGAACUGCCAGCAUUAUAGCGUUCCCAUUGUGAAGAUAGAAGAUGAAGAUGAACUGAAAUUCCUUCAACGCCAUGUUAUUCCAGAGAGUUACUGGAUUGGAUUGUCUUAUGACAAGAAAAAAAAGGAAUGGGCAUGGAUUGACAAUGGCCCAUCUAAACUUGCCUUGAACACAAUGAAAUAUAAUAUAAGAGAUGGAGGAUGUAUGUUGUUAUCUAAAACAAGACUAGACAAUGAUAAAUGUGAUAAAUCAUUCAUCUGUAUUUGUGGGAAGAGAUUGGAUAAAUUCCCUCAUUGACUCUCCAAUGAGUGUUAAAGGUUAAAAAAAAUGAAAUUUUCUGACUCUCAUUUGUUU